AAUCUACUGUGUUGCUGCAUCUGCUGCAUUCACUAUCAGAUCGCUUUACGAAGAAGACUAAGAAGACUUUUAGUGAGAAGUAACUCAACAAUAACUAUGAACUACCGCUCCUACAGCAACCAACUCUGUGACAUCAUCAUCGAGGUUGAAGGCACUCAUUUCCAUGCGCACAAGUCAGUGCUCUGUGAAUUGAGCCCGUAUUUCAGAGCUCUGUUCACGAGGUGGAGCAGCUCAGGCCAGUUCUUGUACACCGUCCCUGGAGUGACUCCGAACAUAAUGAAGUCCAUCCUCCAGUACGGUUACUCACAGCGUAUAAGAAUCACGCAAACGAACGUGAAGGCUGUCUUGGAUGCAGCCGAUUACCUGCAGGUGGACGGCAUUGUUCACCGCUGCCACCAGUUUCUGGAGAAGUGACUCUUCCCAAAGAACUGCACUGAAAUAUUGCGGCUUGCUACUGCGCACUCUUUUUCCUCUUCUUAUUGCUAUAAUAAAUACAUCUUAAUUAUUAAAUAUAUACAGUAUAUUGUAUUGUAAGAGGUUGUGGUGUGAUGUGGCACUGGACCUCGCUUCCUAUCUACUCAACAUCUACACUAAAAAAUGUGACCAACGGUUACUUAAAAAAAUUAUGGCAACAAAGUGACACGUAAUAUAAUUGAAUAGAUUUUAAGUACUACAACUUUGAUUGAAAAGUAUUGAAUAAAUUACCUAAAUUUAAAGAGAAAAAAAAAUUAAGCCCAUGGUAAUAAAAGCAACAAUUAAAACGUGUUGGGUUUAGUAAUAGCAUGCCAAGUGAUGAGUCAUAUAGCCCAAAAAUACUGAGUACUAUCCAAAUUAAUUUCAAAAGGAAAACUGAUUUAUAUUUACUAAGUAUCUGAGCAAAAGUAAUAUAAAUAUAUUACGUAUCUGGGGGAAACUGAUUUAUAUUUAUUGAAUAUGUUAUGGCACCGGUCCUGGGAGUUUAAUGGAUUAAUGAAAAGAAAUAUAUAUUCCUGAGACAGUGUAAAGAAAUGUGAGCUAAGAAAACAUUACCAUGGUUAAGUAAAUCGAGUAAAUCAAGCCUGAAACAGUAAAAUCUGGGAUAAAAUCUACCACACUGCUGAUUUUCUUCUGUCAUUACUACAACACAAACUAUGGAACAGUUCACUUGACACCAUAUCUCUGAGAUGUUUCCCUGCCAUGAUUUUUGAGCCUCACCUGAAAUACGGGCUCAGUUCACAGAGCACUGACUUGUGCGCAUGGAAAUGAGUGCCUUCAACCUCGAUGAUGGUGUCGCAGAGUUGGUUGCUGUAGGAGCGGUAGUUCAUAGUUAUUGUUGAGUUACUUCUCAAUAAAAGUCUUCU